CUCGUGCUCCACACGUGCACCAAGCUCCCUGAAACGACAGCGGAUCUGCUACUCCCAGACGGUGUCUCGUCUCACUGCGGGCGCUGAGAGAAAAGGAGAUCUGCAAAACGUAACGUUACCACCGAAUAGAAAAAAGAGAUGGCUUUGAUGGCAGUGUUGGAGUCAGAUCUUCGAGCGUUAUCGGCAGAAGCUCGCCGGCGAUAUCCUGCCGUCAAAGAUGCUGCAGAGCACGCUAUUUUGAAGUUAAGAUGUUUGUCGAGCCCGAGUGAGAUAGUACAUAACGAGGAUAUACUAAAGAUAUUUUUGAUGGCGUGUGAAGUUAGGACUGUGAAAAUGAGUGUGAUUGGACUUUCUUGUCUGCAAAAGCUCAUUUCUCACGAUGUAGUUGCUCCAUCAGCUUUAAAGGAGAUUCUCGACACCCUCAAAGAUCAUGGGGAAAUGGCUGAUGAGAGUCUUCAGCUUAAGACCUUGCAGACUAUCCUCAUAAUAUUUCAAUCUCGUUUACAACCUGAUAAUGAGGACUACACCGCUCAAGCACUUGUUAUCAUUCUUCGUCUUCUUGAAAACAAUAGAUCCUCUGAUAGCGUGCGAAAUACUGCUGCAGCAACUUUUAGGCAAGCCGUAGCAUUGAUAUUUGAUCGCGUGGUUUCUGCUGAGUCACUUCCACCAGGAAAAUUUGGUUCUGGAGUGUACAUUUCUCGUAGCAGUUCAGUUAGUAGUGAUGUUAAUCGCAAUAUAAAUCAGCUAGAGUUGUUGGAGCAGGAGUUUUCUUCUGGAGGUCCAUCGCUAAUGAGGGAUACCCUAACUAAAUCUGGAAAGCUUGCACUUCGGUUGCUUGAGGACCUGACAGCUCUUGCUGCAGGUGGAUCUGCUGUCUGGCUACGUGUCAGUUCCAUUCAACGGACAUUUGCACUUGAUCUACUUGAGUUUAUUUUGUCCAAUUAUGUGGUGGUGUUCAGAGCGUUGGUUCCUUAUGAAGAGGUUCUUCGUCGCCAGAUAUGCUCACUGCUAAUGACAUCACUUCGUACUGAUACUGAGCCUGAAGGAGAAUCCGGAGAACCUUAUUUUCGGCGUCUGGUGUUGCGUUCAGUAGCCAACAUAAUCAGGCUAUACAGUUCUUCACUUAUCACUGAAUCUGAGGUAUUUCUCAGCAUGUUGGUGAGGGUUAUAUCUCUAGACUUACCGUUGUGGCAUCGCAUUCUUGUUCUUGAAAUCUUAAGGGGCUUCUGUGUGGAAGCACGCACAAUGCAAGUUCUUUUCCUUAAUUUUGACAUGCAUCCAAAAAACACAAAUGUGGUUGAGGGUAUGGUAAAGGCUCUUGCUCGUGUUGUUUCUAGUAUCCAGUUUCAAGACACAUGUGAGGAGAGUCUUGCGGCUGUAGCUGGAAUGUUCAGUAGUAAAGCAAAAGGGAUUGAGUGGAGCUUAGAUAGCGACGCAUCCAAUGCUGCUGUUUUAGUUGCAAGUGAAGCACAUGCAAUAACUUUAGCAAUUGAGGGCCUACUAGGAGUCGUUUUCACUGUGGCUACUUUAACAGAUGAGGCAGUUGACGUGGGUGAGCUUGACUCUCCAAGAUGUGAAUCUGAUCCACCAGCAAAACUCACUGGGAGAACUGCACUUCUUUGUGUAUCAAUGGUUGAUUCUCUGUGGUUGACCAUUCUUGAUGCUUUGUCAUUCAUCUUGGCAAAGUCUCAGGGAGAGGCUAUUAUUUUGGAAAUACUGAAAGGCUAUCAAGCAUUUACUCAGGCCUGUGGAAUUCUUCAUGCUGUAGAGCCUUUAAAUUCUUUCCUUGCAUCCCUUUGCAAAUUCACAAUUGGCAUACCUGUUGAAGUUGAGAAGAGGAGGUAAAUUCCAAUGCAAACU